AUGGCAAUACGCGCCUCCUUCAGGUCGCUGCUCAUUGCUUCUUUGGGCAUCCUUGGACUAUCACUGCUCUUGUCUUCUCCGAUUGCCAACGAGUUCAUGUCAUCCUGGGCGUACAAGCCAGUCUCCAAGUUCAUUGCAGCAUUUCACUCGGCUCGAAAGUCACCCACAGACGCCAUGUCGGCAAAGGCACCGGUUUAUUUCUUCAGCCAUGGCGGCCCCAAUGUGAUGUAUGAGACUAAGCACCCGGUGUUCCCAGUGUUGCAGAAAAUCGGGAAGGAAAUUACUCAAAAAGUCAAGCCAAAGGCUAUCGUGGUCUUCUCAGGCCACUGGGAGGGAUCUCCCAACACCAUAGAGGUCAACACUGCAGAGCAUACCGAUUUGAUUUAUGAUUUCUACGGGUUUCCUCCGCAUUACUAUGAAGCCAAGUAUCCGAAUAGGGGUAGCCCAGAGUUGGCGAACAAAAUCAUCGGGCUCCUGACGGAUGCCGGCAUCAAGACCAAAGCCGUCACACGGGGACUUGACCACGGUGUCUGGUCGGGAUUCCACGUGGCAUUCGACCCCAAGGAGAACCCCCUGAACGUUCCCCUGGUCCAGGUUAGUCUGUACCACAGCGAGGACCCGGACCUGCACUACCGGCUCGGCCAGGCGGUGGCCUCGCUGCGCGACGAGAACAUCGUCAUCAUCGGCGCCGGCAUGUCUGUCCACAACCUCAGAGACAUGUUCAAGACGCGGGGCGAUCCGCGGCCGAUGCCGUACACGGUGUCGUUCGACGAGGCGCUGAAAGAGGCCACCGAGGUCGCCCCAGCACAGCGCCAGGAGCGCAUGGCCGAAGCCGCCCGACGGCCAGAUGCCAGACAGGCCCACCCGUGGAUGGACCACCUCAUGCCAGUAUACGUUGCUGCCGGCGCCGCGGGUGAGGACCAAGGGAAGCGGACCUGGACUUUGCACGAAGGCAGCAUGGGAUGGUCGCAAUACCGAUUCGGCAACGUCAGUGCCUGA